AUGGGGCGAAAGGAGAAAACAAGUCUAAUUGAGAUGCUGAACACGUCGAUAGGGAACAUAAGCGGACUAUUUAAGAAGAAAAAGGAGGGCGAAGAUGCGGACAAGGAUGUGGAGGUUGAGGAGAUAACGGCCAGCCAGGACAAGGAGACCUCCCAAAGCUUCCUUUUAGACGACGAGGAGGAGUUUGAGAAGGACAUAAGCCGGCUCUCUGUCUCUAUAGGGGAGGGCUCGCAAGAGUGUCCGGAAUCUGGGCAGAUUCUAGAGUGCAAAGGCCCUGUUCCGUUAGAGUCUGGGCUUGCGGACGAGCUGCAGAAGCUGCGGAAAAUCAUUGCGCUGAAGGACGAGAUCCGCCAGAAAGAGCGAGAGAAGGACAAGGAGGCGGGGGAGCUCCGGAUUUUAGAAAGCAUAAAAACGCAGGCCGAGCUGGAGUACGAGCGAAAGCGCAGGAAGAUUCUGCUGCAGAUGAUCGAGUCCCUGGAGACGCGUCUUGAAGAGAGCGAAAUCCAGUGCCUGGAGCUUAUGAAGUAUUGCAACCUGCUCAUUGAGCAGCAAGAAAAAACUGGUACAGAUAAAAAAAGAUAG